UCAAAUUUUUGAAAGAUGAAUCGAAUGACAAUCGAUAUAUUUGAAACGAUUAGAUCGGUCAUGUGACCAAAUGGUGGCACGUGCACGCAGAGUGCGCGAAUGUAGAAUUCGAACAAAAUAAAUUGCAAAAGUGUGGUGUAAAUUAUGUUGUUUGUUCUUUAUUCGUGGUGAAGUAAUUUACAUUAGUGUUAUGAGUCGAAGUGUCGUAUUUUUUCCAACAUUCAAGAUUUGUAGUUCGUCAAGAUAGAAAUGUAGUUUCUGAAGAACAUUCAAAAUGAAGGAAGCUCGUAGAAUCGAAUGGCCGUGACGGAGGAAAGAAAGCAGGGGACGAAAAUAAGGAGACAUCGAUGAGGAAGAAAAGAAGAAGAAGAAGAAGAAGAAGAAGAUCGAGCAACAAGAUCUCACGAGGCAUACAGCGGCGGAGUAAGACCAUGGGAACGGUUUCAAUCGAUGUUCGAACAGUGGAUACCGGUGAAAGGCGAGUCCUGUUGGGUGGAAGUUCUCAUGCCUCGGGAUCGUCUAGAAAGAGGUCAGAGUCGGACGAAUCGAGAGGCGCCGGAAAAUUCGAGGAUCAUCUUCGGAGUGCGAUGCGACAGACCUCGGCCAAAGAUCAUGAGACAAGUGGUGCACGAUUUCAAGAGGAGAUCGCUGAGUCUCUGACGCCGGCGUUCAACUAUCGUAAAGGGAAGAGGAGUGACAAGAAGUCUGCUCGUUGCAAACGCAGAGUCACAUUUGCUAUAUGAAAAUCUUGCUUGAUCCAAGCUUUCGAUUUGAAUAUUGAUACGAUUGAUUAUGUUUGAAUAUUGAUCAAAUUGAUUACUUUUGAGUAUUGAUCCAAUAGAUUACAUUUGAGUAUUGCUCACAAUUGGUUACUGUUCGUUCAGUUCUGACUUGGUCUUUUUAUCACUGGACUGUGGUUGCAGAUAUCAUUUUUAGUGGAAUUACAUCUGAUUUUGCUUGGUUUUUAGUUCAAUGUAAUAAUUGCUAGAUUUCUAUUUGAAUCAUAUGUGAGACUUGCUAGGUACCUGUUCGAAUCAUAUGUGAACCUUGAUAGAUACCUAUUCGAAACAUAUGUGAACCUUGAUAGAUACCUAUUCGAAUCAUAUGUGAACCUUGAUAGAUACCUAUUUAAAUCAUAUGUGAACCAUGAAAGAUACCCAUUCGAGUCAUAUGUGAACCUUGAUAGAUAUCUAUUCGAGUCAUAUGUGUACCUUGAUAGAUACUAUUCGAGUCAUAUGUGAAUCUUGAUAGAUACCUAUUCGAAUCAUAUGUGAACCUUGAUAGAUACCUAUUUAAAUCAUAUGUGAACCAUGAAAGAUACCCAUUCGAUUCAUAUGUGAACCUUGAUAGAUACCUAUUCGAAUCAUAUGUGAUCCUUGAUAGAUACCUAUUCGAACCAUAUGUGAAUCUUGAUAGAUACCUAUUCGAAACAUAUGUGAACCUUGAUAGAUACUAUUCAAACCAUAUGUGAACCUUGAUAGAUACCUAUUCGAGUCAUAUAUGAUCCUUGACCGAUACCUAUUCGAAACAUAUGUGAACCUUGACUGAUACCUAUUCGAAUCAUAUGUGAAUCUUGAUAGAUACCUAUUCGAAACGUAUGUGAGACGUUGUGACAGAAAGAAAAUUCUUGAUUAUGACUUGGAACAUAAAUCUAAAAUAAAUUUAUGAUUUUCAUACUCGUGCUUGGAUCUCGCAAGAUUUUCCACCUGAAGAAUUAUAAUACGAAGAAAUAAAU